GUGUCUGUCACCCCCUGGCCCCCGCCCCAGCACUGGGCGGACCGGGGUGGGCUGGGGUCCGCUCGGUGUUCUCAGGCUGGUACCUCAGGCACCGGGCAGCGCUCAGAGUGACGUCUCAGUGCUGCUGCAGUUGGUACCACGAGUCCCGCAGGCUUGCGGCUCUCCUCACGAAGGGGUGAGCGGGGCGACAGGGAGAAGAUGAUUGAAACACUUGUAACCACUGACACUCAGGAGCUGCUCUGUCAGCUCACAGCCCUGUUGGAACAGGAGUUACGAUGUCUGCCCAAGGCCUCUGGCCUGAGACUGAUUGAAUCCGCUCACGAUAAUGGCCUCCGAAUGACUGCAAAGCUGCGAGACUUUGAAGUGAAAGAUCUCCUCAGCUUAACUCAAUUCUUUGGUUUCCAUACAGAGACAUUUUUGCUAGCUGUGAAUUUCUUGGACAGAUUCUUGUCAAAAAUGAAGAUACAGCCUAAACACUUGGGCUGUGUUGGGCUCAGCUGCUUCUACUUGGCUGUGAAGGCAUCAGAAGAGGAGAGAAAUGUUCCAUUAGCCACUGACUUAAUUCGAAUAAGCCAGUAUAGGUUUACUGUUUCUGAUAUGAUGAGAAUGGAGAAAAUUGUACUGGAGAAGCUGUGUUGGAAAGUCAAAGCUACAACAGCCUUCCAAUUUCUACAACUGUAUCAUUCACUCAUUAAUGAGAAUUUAAGCUGUGAAAGGAGAAAAUACCUUAAUCUUGAAAGACUUGAGACCCAGCUUAAAGCAUGUCACUGCAGAAUCAUGUUUUCCAAAGCCAAGCCUUCUGUCUUGGCACUGUCUAUUGUGGCACUGGAGAUAGAAGAACAAAAACUGCUGGAAUUGACAGAGGCAUUGGAAUUUCUGCAGCUGCAUUCCAAGAUAAACAACAGAGAUUUGACCUUCUGGAAGGAACUGGUGUUAAAGUGCCUUACAGAAUAUUCCUCAAGCAAGUGCUCCAAACCAAAUGUCCAGAAAUUAAAAUGGAUUGUGUCUGGACGUACUGCACGGCAGCUUAAACAUAGCUACUACAGAAUAACACACCUCCCUACAAUUCCAGAGACCAGCUCAUAAUAGGAGUACAAUUAAAUGAGCAGAGAACCAUCAUGUAUCUUGUCAACAGACAUGUGAAUAUUUGAGAAACAAAGUCUGAAACAAUUUUAAUAAUGAAGAAUGCAGCUCAUGGAGACAAUAUGUAAUGUUUCAGACUAAAGAUCCUUCCAGCAAUUAUGUUCUUUUCAUGAAGAUUUCAGCAAUAUUCAAUGUCAGUUUUCAGUCUUACUUGCUAGACUGUUUACUGUUGAGUAAAAUAACCACAGUAACAAAAGAAAUUUUAACACCUUAUAUUUUGUAGACCAGCUUACGUAGUCUAACUUUGGGUUACUGUAACUGCAGGUUCAUUUCCCAAAGAUUACAUGACACCAGAAAAACAUCAUGUGCAGUAGCACAGUGCUGUAUUAUCUCUAUCAAACUAAAGACUAAUCCCACUUAAGUGUCAUGUGUCUGCAUGUUCAUGCUGUGUAAGGCACUGGCCUUCUACUGUAGAUACCCAGGUUUCACUAGGCUAUGUGAAAUACACUGAACAUGUCAAGCUGUAAGAGCAGGAGAAAAGAGAAACCUUAUUUCAUUGCCUUGUAAAGGUAGUCACUAACACAGCAUCAGUGACUUGAAUAUUUUGUAAGAGGUGUAGUUAACUGGGAUUAUAAAUUAUUUCAUAGAGAUGCCUAAUGAAGGCUGAGGGAAAGUACUGGGUCACCCACCACAAAUCUGAUUCAGUUUUCAAAAGUUUAACUGUACAAGAGGUAAAUGCUGAUGCUGAACUGGCACAUUUUACAAGUACAGUAGGAGCAGGGCUGAUGUCCUAUCUUGGCCUGUAUGUAGGAGCAAUCUAUUUGAGAAACAUUGAAGAUUGCUUCAACUCUGAUGUCUUUAAUGGCAAGUUUUGUAAAAUGCAAAUUUUGUCAGAAGACCAGAUGAGUACUUGAGGCGGAUCAGGCUUCAGGUGCUAACAAGGAAUUGAGUAAGAAUGUACUGUAGGUAAGAUGGUUAGACUUGUUGGAAGAAUGCAGAUACUGACCUCUUCAAUUCUGUGUCACUGUGGAACAGAGUCUUUCAGUGAUAAACUACUAGUAACCAGUGGUCAUAUGAACUGGCUUAGUGGAGAAGGAGAGAUCAGAAAGUUCUGAAUGUAAUGUGGGCUUAGAUGUUAGCUGACCAACCCUUACCCCUGAGGGAACGAGUAGCUAAGGGGGGAGACCAUUCUUUGCAUAUCUCAAGCUAGUUAAACCUUUCACUUAAGAUUUGGUACCAAAGCUCUAUACUGGACAAAUCAAGCCUCCUCAUGAACUUAUGGGAGUGACUCCACUGUGUAGUAGGUAAUGAGGUUUUGCAUCUGCCAGU